GUAAACUCAUUUUCCCUCUUUUUUCCUAGCAGAAAAUCUUGAAUUUAGUCAAUUUUUGCUAAAAUUUAUUAUAUAUUAGUAUUAUCAAACACUACAUGUUAUCUAUAUUGCAAAAUCUAAGUAUAGCACGUUUGACAGUGGGAGACCGGAUUUUAAGAAAUACCUAGCAUCCUUAGGUAGUGCAGUUACACACAUAUCAGUACUCUCCACCGAACUCCGACGUUAGUCAGCAAUCGAUCAGUAGUAGUUUACAGUGCCAACCGAUUACAGUUAACUAAAAGCUAACAUGCAUUGGAUCCAUCGGUUCCUGUAUACGCCGUAGCCAGGCAUACGGCAUGUAGGUUACCGGCACAAUGGUAGGAACCAAAGUGUAGUUAUGAGUCAACUUGAUGAAGCAGGGGUAGAACCGCUUCGAAUUAUGAUAUAUGAAGAGGAUAGAGUCUCUCCAUUUACUUAACUUAUACUUAUAGUUGUCCCAAUCGCUAUUCCGAAUAGACACUUACCAAUAUGGCAUCUUCCGCCGACGAGAUCCGUGCCACGAUCGAGGCUUCAUUCACCGCGUUUCUUAAACGCCAAAAUGUCUCACCCGGUCAAGAGAAACAACCACCGUGGUCAAGUUAUAUAUUACCAGACACAUUGUGGUACGUGAAGCCGGACAGCUUCAUAGCGGAACACCCCUUCUUCAAGGGUGUGAAAACGAUCGCUGAGCACGAGGAGCAUGUGGCGCAAGAAGCUGGUGUGAUCGAGGAGUCGCGACACAAAAUCCUACACAGUGUCUAUGAUUCCUCUGCACGUAGGGCCAGUGCUAUCGUCGAGCAUUGGACGAAGCUUUUCGGCAAGGAACCCUCGGCUAUAGAGGUAUGCUGGUACGUCGACUUCACGGAAAAUGGAAAGAUGAUCUCGCGGGUAACUCAAUUCAUCGACACAGCGCUUGGUGCGAAGAUGGUUAAAGGCCUGGCUGAGGGAGGAUACGAUAUGGAUAAAGCGGACACUAAGAAGUAAUUGAGAUUUGCUCGGUCUCUAAUACCUGGUUCUGUCUCUGAGAUUGCCGAUAAUGAAAGCAAGCCCAUGUCUCACAGCCACUUAUAACCCCAACCAUCAAAAUCGCAAUAAAUCAUUUCAGAGGUCUUAUAAGCAUGAAGGGUCCUAGAUGCGUAGUAGUGGACUGAGUCCCUACAUAUACCGGAGUUUUUAAACGAAUCUAUGGCUAGUUUCUUGCGCGCUGCUCCUUGACUCGUCAAUUGGAACUUCAACGUCGGUAUCCAUUGGCCCGUAA